CCAUCUCUUUUUUUUUUUGUAAGAUCUCUCCCAUCUCUCUUCCUUCCCCUUCCCCUAGCCAAGCGGAAUCUCUUGUUCAACAAAUCAUCUUCUUCAAAUCCGAGUUCUUCCAAAUCAAGAUCAACAGCUUCAACAACGAGCCAAAGAGGAGAGCAUCGAGACAUCCCUUGUUUCUGUUUCUCUUUGUUGCGCUCGUAGUUGCUAUGCACAGAAACCAGCGCCGCCCUUCUUUCUUGUCUUUCUCGUUUCAAGAUCCAUCGUCAACGACAGAAGCAAAGAGAAGGAUGAGGCAUAUAAGGCAACAACGCGACCGCCAUAAAAAUCGAUUUGACUGCAUUCUCUUCUUCUUCCUCCAUUUUGAAUCUAGAUCUACUUUCAUCCAUCAAUCGCUUUCUUCUUCUUCCCCUAUUAGUGUCCUCCCUUCUAGGUUCCCAAUCAUUACAUGAUGCUCGAUAAACCCAAAUCGUCUACCUUCUUUGAUUGAGACCAGAUUUGCAACUUGUCGCUGCCGUCGUUGGAGCUCCAUCUGCGACUGGUCUAUCGUAGGCGGCGAGGCAAUGAGUGGUCUACCAACCAAGCUCAAACGAGGUACGGAACCUUUUUUGCCUAGUAGACGACCAUUAGGCUUAUAGCUAAGAAUCCAAAUAAUAGAUGAGUGCAUUGUACAUGCAGCUGGAAUUUGAAGUGCUAAUUUGAUUUUAUGUAUAAGGUUAGCAUCAUGGAUAAAAGUUGGAUGAGUAGGCCGACGAAUACCGACGAAUACGUGCACGGAUUAGGCACUUUUCUUGAAUUUGCAUUUGGUUCUCCAUGUUGUCGGAAUGGAAAAGUCUUAUGCCCAUGCAAAAAUUGUUCCAAUCGUUAUUGGAUGUCUCAGGCUGAAGUGUGUGAUCACUUGAUAUGUGUUGGGUUUGUACCAAAUUAUACACAUUGGGUUUUACAUGGAGAAAACCCAUUUCAUGCCACCCCUUCUAUGGAAAGUACAGCCCACCAUUAUGAGGGGGUAGAUAAUGACAUGCACGACUUGUUGAAUGAUGUGGUUAUGGGUGGUGAGUCAGAAGUAGAAGAGCCAAAUGCAGAGGCUAUGAAAUUUUUUAAGUUGGUAGAUGCAAACAAAACCGAACUCUAUCCUGGAUGCACAAGUCAUUCUAAGCUUUCCUUCAUCAUCAGAUUGUUUCAGAUAAAGUGUCUUGGAAGGUGGUCAAUCAAAUCAUUCACUUUGCUGCUAGAUCUAUUGAGAGAGGUUCUUCCCGAGGGAUGUAGUUUGCCCAAAAAUUACUAUGAGACGGAGAAACUUAUUUCAGAGUUGGGUUUGAGUUAUAAGACAAUAGAGGCAUGUCAAAAUGAUUAUAUGUUGUUCUGGAAAACACAUAUAAAUGAGCCUAAAUGUCUUGUCUGUGGAGCUGAUAGAUGGAAGAAUUUACCAACACCUGUUGUUGGAUCCUCCAAAAAAAAGCCUGCUAAUGUUCCAUACAAAAAGAUUUGGUAUUUUCCAAUAGGACCAAGACUCCAAAGAUUGUAUAUGUCAUCAAGUGCAGCCACUUUGAUGCGUUGGCAUGAUGAAGGUCGUGUCAAAGAUGGAUGUUUAAGGCAUCCUGCAGAUUCAGCUGCAUGGAAAACUUUUGACUAUCGACAUCCAGAGUUCGCUGCAGAUUCGCGCAAUGUUAGACUAGGAUUAGCUGCUGACGGAUUUAACCCCUUCAGAACAAUGACUUCGUCGCACAGUACAUGACCGGUCAUUUUGGUCCCAUAUAAUCUACCUCCUUGGUUAAACAUGAAACAACCUUACAUGUUUUUAUCACUCAUUAUUCCUGGCCCUGCAUCUCCCGGGAAUAACAUUGAUGUCUAUUUACAACCUUUGGUUGAGGAGUUACAAGAUUUGUGGGAUAAGGGGAUAGAAACUUAUGAUGCAUCUUUGAAACAGAACUUCAAAAUGAGGGCAGCUUUGAUGUGGACUAUCAGUGAUUUUCCCGGUUAUGCAAUGCUAUCAGGUUGGAGCACCAAAGGCCAAACUGCAUGUCCUUCGUGUCAUAAGCAUACUCACUCACAGUGGUUGAAGAAUGGUCAUAAGUUUUGCUAUUUAGGGCAUCGCAGGUUUCUGCCUCAAAGGCACGUGUUUCGCCGUUAUAAAGCAUCUUUCGACAACCAACAAGAAUUCAGGUCAGCCCCUAAACAAUUAUCCGGAGAUGAUAUUUUGAAUGAGUUGCAAGGAAAACAGAUUAUCUUUGGAAAAGAGAGUGCCAAUGAUCCUUUACCUUAUGGUUGGAAGAAACAGAGUAUAUUCUUCACUUUGCCGUAUUGGAAAGAUAAUUUGUUGAGACAUAAUCUUGAUGUUAUGCACAUUGAGAAGAACAUAUGUGAUAAUAUUUUGUGGACAUUAUUGGACGUCUGUGGGAGGACCAAGGAUACUGUGAAAUCUCGGAUGGACAUGAAAUUAUUGGGCAUACGAGAUAAAUUACACCCCCGCAGACAUGCUUCUGGUAAGUUAUACAUGCCUAAAGCUUGUUUUGCAUUAUCAGCCAAAGAGAAAAACAUGUUGUGUAAGGUACUGAAGAGUGUUAAAGUUCCUGAUGGCUAUGUUGCUAACAUAUCUAGAUGUGUCAACUUAAAGCAGCGUAAACUAUUUUCUUUGAAGAGUCAUGAUUGUCAUAUUCUAAUGCAACAACUUCUUCCUUUGGCAAUACGAAGAGUAUUACCCAAAGCAGUUAGUAAGCCUUUGAUCCAAUUGUGCUCCUUCUUCAAAGAACUAUGUUCAAAGGUUGGUCGUGUAGCGGACUUGAACCGUUUACAAGAUCGAAUUGCUUUGACUCUCUGUGAAAUGGAAAGGAUCUUCCCUCCCUCAUUUUUUGAUAUCAUGGUUCACCUAACCGUUCAUUUGGUGUCUGAGGCAAAGCAAGGUGGGCCAGUGCAAGGACGAUGGAUGUAUUCAAUUGAGCGGUAAGUUCUUAUGUCUUCGUCAUGUAAAAUAGAAAAUUUAUAAUGCUAAAUGAUUCUUAACAAUAUAUUAUAUUACUGUAUUUGGUUUUAUUAUGCCCUUUGGUUGACAGAGCCAUUUUUACUUGUUAAGGUAUUUGUCUACGUUGAAGUCUUAUGUUAGCAACAAGGCGCAACCAGAAGGUUCCAUUCCUAAUGGUCAUCUUGCUGAAGAGUGCAUGUCAUUUUGCGCAAGGUACUUACAAGGAAUGGAGACACGAUUAAACCGCCCUUCAAGAAAUGAAGACAACGAGGGGGUCUAAAUCUGUGGGUGGAGAAUCAUCUUCAAUCUUUCCACAGUUGGGCCGCCCGAUAGGAGCAGGAAAUCAGGAAGUCUUGAAGAAUGACCUUUUAGCAAAAGCACAUCAAUAUUUGUUGUCUAAUUGUGAGGAUGUAGUCCCUUUCGUUGAAUAAGAGAACUUAAACCUUUUGGUUUAUUUGUUUUCCUGUCGGUUCUAUGCAGGUUAUUAUAUCUUGAAAUUUUGCAGGCAACAUCUUGCUUUCCUGAAAUCUCAGAACCCACGUGCUUCACCUCGUGCCAUUCAACUCCUUCACAAUUCAACAUUUCGAGUUUGGUUUGCUGAUCAGGCAAGUUUUAGUUUGUUGAUGCAAAUAUUUCAUUGCUUUUAAGUUGUAUGAAAAUCACAAGUCACAUUCGCAUGUUAAUGGAGGAGAAACCCAUAAUGUGUCUGAGAAAAAACUGGAGGAAUUAAAGCACUUGGCGCGAACACCGAUCAAUGUGAUUAGAAAUUUCAAUGGAUACAUCAUCAAUGGUUUUAGGUUUCACACUAAGGGCCGAGAGGAAAGAAGGAAAACGCAGAACAGUGGGGUGAUGGUGACUGCGGGCACUCAAUGCUUCGCCAGUUCUCGAGACAAGAAUCCAAUCUAUAGCGACAUCACUUACUAUGGAGUUAUUCAGGAGAUCAUAGAAUUGGAUUAUUGGGUUGGUAAGAAGGUAGUUUUGUUCAAAUGUGAUUGGGUGUCAAGUGGCAGAGGUUUAAAGCAAGAUGAUUUGGGUUUUACACUGGUUAAUUUCUCUCGACGGAUGAGUGACAAGGAGCCUUUCAUUUUGGCAUCGCAAGCCCAACAAGUGUUUUAUGUUCCAGAUCCAAUUGAUAGUCAGUGGCAAGUGGUUAUCAGAACUCAACCAAGAGAUCUUUGUGAUAUGAUUGAAGUCGAACAAGAUGGUGAUGUUGAUGAACAUUUACAGAGUGAAACUUGCAACAUGAUUGAAGUUGAACAAGAGAUGCACAGUGAUGAUGACAAUGUUGAUUGGAUCAGGAGUGAUGUACGUGGUGACUUGGUUGAUGAUCCUGGCGAGUCAACUGCACCUAAUACAAGUGGAAUUCCUGAUACUGAAAUCGAAGAUGAUGGUGUAGAUCAUAUGGAAACAGAUGAAUAUAAUUAUUGAACAGUAAGCAUUCAAGUUAGAUUGUUUUAUUUGUUGCAUUCUGCUGAGUAGCACUCUAAUUGGGGGUUGGGUAUGCAGGUGGCGAGAGGAGAAGAAUGUUUAUGAGGAGAAUUUACUAACUAUGUUUAUGAGGAGAAGAAUCUUUUAGAGGUUGUUUUGAUUGGUUAUGUGAGCUUGUCCUGUUACAAAGAUGUUGAUUAUUGUGUUAAAUUCUCCUGAACCAAGUUUUCAUAUGAUCUUCACAACUUUAAUAUGUUUGUCAUGGCAAAUUUGUGCUAGUGUUAAACUUUAUUAUUGAGCUGCAAUCCAAAAGAUUUACAAUUCAAAGUGGAUUUACUAACUAUGUCGAGGAUUACUACGAGAGCUAUCAAGUGAACGGAAAAAAUGAAACGGCUAGACAAUAAUAUGAAUAUAAAAAUUUUAAACAGAUAAAAUACGAAUGAGUACACAUACGUGUAUCAAACGGAGUAUUUACUAACUAUGCCAAGGAUUAACUUCCUAACUAUGUCAAGGAUUAACAAUGGACCCUAUCUUUUUACUCUCAAAUGAAUUGAAUGCCUUUAC